AUGGGUGACGCAGACAUCAAGGCCAGCCAGUGGAGACUCGUCGAGGUCGGCCGUGUCGUCCUCUUCAGCACCGGUCCCUACGCUCAGAAGCUUGCCGCUGUUGUCGAGAUCAUCGACCACAAGCGCACAGUCAGCAAGAGCGCCAGGCUGACAGUGUAUGAAAUANNGGUCCUUGUUGAGGGUCCUUCCUCCGACUCCAAGGCUGCCGUCCCCCGCCACUCCGCCUCUCUCUCCGACCUCUCUUUGACCCCCAUCGUCAUUGAGAAGCUUCCUCGCGCCGCCGGCCACACCGCCCUCAAGGCUCUCUGGGAGAAGGUUGGUGUCGACAGCAAGUGGAACAACAGCGCCUGGGCCAAGAACCGCGAGCGCUCCGUCAAGCGCAAGCAGCUCACCGACUUCGAGCGCUUCAAGGUUAUGCGCCUGAGAAAGCAGGCCCGCUUCGAGGUCCGCAAGCAGUUCGCCGCUGCCCGUGCCCAGUCCGCCAAGGCAUAG